GGAGGAGGUGACGUCAUUUCAACAGUAACAAUGGCGCUUCUCUGGACAAUUCUCGCAACCUUCGCUGUUUUUUCAACUUCCUCGGGAGAGGAUGCCUUCCAGAACAUCCUCACAGACGUGACAUCCUGCGAGGAGUCCUGUAGCAAGUCCUACUCUCCUCACACUAACCCUGAUUCACGUGAUGUUGUUGCUUGUGGCCAAGGAUGUCGCUUCUACUCUAUUAGUGAGUUUGUCAUGGAAGAUCAUCCUGACCAUGGCAACACAAUUGAUGGCAGUGAUGCAAAUCCAGUAAAGAAUGCUUGCUACAAUGGUAAGAGAGCUUUAGUAAUACAGUGGACCCCCGCCUUACGAUAUUAUUUCAUUCCAGAAGUAGAAGUAGAUGAGGGUCCUUCAAUACAUCUGCUGAGUCCAAUCAUGCAGGUUCAUGCAGUGUACUCCUCCUUCGUUGGGGCCGUUCACAUUGUCCGCUCGUCGCUGGUCACAUACUUUAUGAGUGAUGACAACUCUGUUGUGGCUGUAGAGUCUCAGCCCAAGUUCAUUAUGGAAGUUUUGCCUGAGGAUGACAAGUCUGCCAGAGAGGAGCAACAGCAGCAACCCAGGGAAUGUGAGUGCAGUUAUAAUGGGUUAAGUGUGGAAGCAGAUCCAAUGUCCAUGCCGGUUAAGUUGGUACGACCCGAGGACCUGACCCGACUGAGCCUGACCGAUGAGGAUGAUCUCCAAGCACCAGCACUUCCCACCAAGGUCAAGCUCCCAGAUUCUAUUAUCUAAUGUGAAUCUAAUUGUAAAUUGUUGUGUAUCAUAAUUAAAAAUAUAUGAUUCAGUUUAAUAAAUUAGCUUGAAUGUUAAUGUGUAGAUUACCUUAUAUAGUAAGCAUCAUAAAUAUGUAAAUGCAUAAGUAUGCUUUCAGCAGACUAUUAGCUGACAGUUUCAAGAUGUGCCAGGGCAACAUUUGUAUAUAACACAGUGCCUGUCAUCAUACUUCCAAAGACAUAAAUAAUUGGGUAAGUGAUAGUGAAGUUUCAACCUUUGAUGAUCUUACUGGUAACUCACUGGACUUAAAUCCAAUAGAGAACUUAUGGAACCUCAUUAAGUGUAAGCUUCAUGGCAUGGACAUGACUACUAUCACCACACUGGAAUGCCAUUAAGCAGGUGUGAGAGGAUAUAAACUCUCUUAUCCUCCAUACUUGAGAGUUGUCAGUACCUAGGAGAUGUAAGGAGUACAUCGAGAGGAAGGAUAACCUGGUGAUAUACUAGGUUAGGAGAGGAACUCAAUUAAAAGUAUGCUCAGUGGAAGGCACCUAUCAUAAUUUAUUGUUCAAAGUAAUACCUCAUCCUGAUAGAUUUGUCAGUGAGAAAAAUUAUGCUGGUUCUGCAACUCAAAGUGGGAUUCUUAAGACUACUUUCUGGUUGCAUAUUAAGUGCAUUCCAGGCUUCUGUGGUGAAUGGUUUUGUCAUGGCACCUCUGUAACGUGUGGUGGAUGGUUUUGUGUCACGGCACCCCUGUAAUGUGUGGUGGAUGGUUUUGUGUCACGGCACCCCUGUAAUGUGUGGUGGAUGGUUUUGUGUCACGGCACCCCUGUAAUGUGUGGUGGAUGGUUUUGUGUCAUGGCAUCCCUGUAAUGUGUGGUGGAUGGUUUUGUGUCACAGCACCCCUGUAAUGUGUGGUGGAUGGUUUUGUGUCACAGCACCCCUGUAAUGUGUGGUGGAUGGUUUUGUGUCACGGCACCCCUGUAAUGUGUGGUGGAUGGUUUUGUGUCAUGGCACCUCUGUAAUGUGUGGUGGAUAGUUUUGUGUCAUGUCAUGACACCCCCGUGCUGUGUGAUGGAUGGUUUUGUCAUGGCACCCCUGUACUGUGUGAUUGUGAGGACCAAGUUUAUCAGUCGUUUCUGGCUAUUGAAUUAACCCUUAAACUGUCCAAACGUAUUUCUACGUUCGCUCGCGUAGCGCUUCGAGCGUAGAUCUACAUUUUUUUACAUUCUUAUGGGGAAAAUAAAGGUCGGAGCCCUACGGGUAAAAAUGUAGAUCUAUGUUUGGACAGUUUAAGGGUUAAAUAAGAGGAGUAAGUAACUGUCAUGAGACAAUUACAAAGAUCAUUGGAUUACACAAGGCAGGCCAUCAAACAAAGGAAAUAGCAGAAGCCUCUGAUGCCUGUGAGAGUCCAGCAAGGACCUGGUUGUGUCAGUUCUUUGAGGACAAUGUUAAUGACAUGCUUACAACAAAACUACAUCUAGGGAAGCCUUGAAAAACAUCCUCACUAAUGUUAACUGUAACAAGAUUCCUAGAAUUGCUCUUAUUAUUUGCCUAAAUCUUGCACACACUGUGGUGCAAAGUUUUUAUGAAAGACAGUUCUCCUUGGCACACCUUGAAAUCUCUUGUUCACUUCUUCAGUGACUGGCCAGGAUAUUCCCCAGACUUGAACCCUGUUGAGAACCUCUGGGCUGUGAUAGUGAGAACUACUAGAGGAAGGAUAUCAACCCACUCCCAUGGCUUUAGGAUGCCACCAUGAUUCAGGGUUGAAUUUACGCCAUGAAACCCUGGUGAAUGUGUGUUAAUCACUUCCUAGACUGUUUAAGGAUGUUGUAGAGUGCAGGGGGAUGCCCUAUUUUGUGGUUUUUAGGUAGGUGGGGCCAGCAUACUUCAGUGAUGAGUACCAUAUUUCAUUUGCUUAAAACAAUUAUGGUGAGCAUUCUCAUUAUCUGUGUGAUUAUUCACAUGUAUAUACAUGUAUAUAUAUAUAUGAUGUUUACUGUAUACCUGGAGGGUGUUCCAGGUCAGUGCCCCCAUGGUGAAUCAGGGCCCACUUAACCAGGCUGUUACUGCCAGCUGCAUACAAACCCACAUAUGAACCACAGUCUGGUUGGUCAGGCACUCGCUUGAGGUGUCAAGUGAGUACCUGACCAGCCAGACUUGUAGUGUCAAGUGUUGGCUAACCUGAUUUUUUUUCACCCAAAGGACAAACAAUUCAGAUGCCUUUUAAAAAUUUACCCUAGUGCUCUAAUUGAUUUUUAAUUUACAUGCAGCAAAACAGGAGCACUGCAGUUGGUCCCCUUGAUUAUUUUUUUUUCAAGGAUAUUUCAGAUAUCAACAAAGGGAAAGAAAGUAGUGGGCAUAAGGUAGAUUUUAUAUAUGAAUGUUCAUUAUAUUUGGUGUUCCCACUUUUGUAAAUGCUACACAAUAAACCAAUGAAAUUUU